AUGACGAUCACAGCUGAUGUGAAGAAUCAAUUGUUUAAGCCCAGUAGCAGUGCACUUAGUGGUAGCGAGCUCAUUCGUUUACCCACAGAAGCUCCGCCUUCUCCUUCACCCUCAUUCGAUGGUGAGAUCACGUCUCCUACAAACACCAAUGGGCAAGCAUGGACAGCAGAAGAGCACAAUCGAUUUCUCGAAGGUCUUGAGCGAUAUCCUUCUGGACCGUGGAAAGAGAUUGCAGCGCACGUGGGUACUCGCACUACUCGUCAGACUAUGACUCAUGCUCAAAAGUAUCGAGAAAAGAUCGCGCGUCGUAAACGUGGAUUGCGCUCAGCUGUUCAAGAGCCGCGUUCCUUAAAGCGUCGGCGUGACCAAAACAAACGGAACGAUGCGUCGUCACCUUGUUCAGUCGCCGUUUCACAAACGACAUUGUUUCCAACAAAUUUAGUGAGAAGGGGAGUCGACCCCAUGGAUUUCCACGGAUGUUUUGUUCCCGGUCAUAGUCAGUCUCACGGUGUAUCUUCUACAGAGAUUGCAACCUUUGCAGCUAUGUUGAGUGAUUUUGAACCCCUUUCAUUGUCAGAAGAGGAGAUUGACUAUAUUUUAGAUAUUAUUCAAGCACCAGUCGUACAGACUGAGACUGUCCUUUGA